AGUGCAAUAAACAUGCAACCUGUGGCAUUCUUGUAUGCGAACAAACAUGUUGAUGACAGAGACUCUAGGAGCAGGUUAGAGAAUAAUAAAAAUGAAGGUGGUAUCCAGAUUGAGAGACUACCCCUGUGAGCACAGACACACAAGCAAAGCAGCCAUUCAGCAGUGGGAUGGAUCCUGACUACUAAAGAGGAAGAGGGAAAGAGAGGGAGAGUGAAAGAGAGAGCGAAAGCAAGAAAUGGGGGAGUGGUGGGAGAGAGAGAGAGAGGAAGCGAAAAAGAGAGUGAAAGGCUCCACACGGCAGAAUAUAAAUCUGUAUGUUAACAGGACUAAAGCUGGAGGUCUCGAAGCGGCUUUAGUGGUUGUACUGGUGGGGGGUGGCCAUAAAGCAUCAAGAGGUGGUCUUCCCUAUUAACUGAGGAUCUGUGCAAAUAAAGAAGUGGGACCCGUGGAAGCCGUGAACGCCGGUUGUCAAGCACAGUGGUGGGUUGGUCGGAGGUCUCUGACCCUCUCAUUUUCAUUUCUGGAAGAAAAGAGAAGAGCAAAAGAGACACGAGAGAAAAAGGAAGGUGGCAGCGAGGGACCAGUGAGCCAUUUCUCUCUUUAUUACCUCCAUUCACAAAACCAUUGCAUCCCAUUAUCACAGCGAUGUAGAGGCAUUCUCUCCGAUUGGAGGAGGAAGGGUCCCAUUGACUGCUUAGGCUUAGCACCUCUCUCCCAACGCUAGCCCUUUUCAUUGCAGUCUCCCCCUCAUCUCUCGCCUCUAUCCUUACGUCUGCUGUUUUCUCUGUUCUUCUCUCUUUUCUUGUUCCUUGUAUUCUUGUCCCUUUUCACACCACUCAGGAAUCAGGAGGCAUUGCGUUUUGGUAGAAGUGGGUGUUCCUGGAGCUGUCAUUGUGUUUGGUGCCGCUACAAAGGACAGCUGAGCAGGGAGUGAGAGGGACAGCUUUGGAGAUAAUAAAAUAGCAGCCUGAAAGAAAAGGGGGGACCUGGGACUACAGGAACAGCUGACAUCCACUGGACAGUGAAUUGUGAUGAAAAGAAAACUGUUACAAAGACUGACAACCAUUUAAGGUAGCUAUUUAUUGAGACCAUUACCACUUGAGAGAAUAAAGAAGCAGUGUGCCAAACCAACACUGCCGGUUGGAUUCUGCUAUUGCUGUUGCUAAGCAAAGUCUGUAACCUGAAGUUAUCUGGGAGACAGUAUUGAGCAUCAUCCUACAGCCAUGAAAGGAAGCUCAGAGGAAAGCAUUGAAAGCAUCAGGCCCUCCAACCUGCAAGCUUUUGCUAACAUAUCCACCUUACAUGGCAUGAGUCACAUAUUUGCCUAUGGGCACAUGACAUUCCGUCGGUUCCUUUGGACUCUCUCAUUUCUGGGUUCACUAGGCUUAUUGAUGCUUGUCUGCAUGGAUCGAGUGUCAUAUUACCUGGAGUAUCCUCAUGUCACCAAGCUUGACGAGGUGGCGGCUACAAACCUCACCUUCCCAGCAGUUACCUUCUGUAACCUCAACGAGUUCCGCUUCUCCAAAAUCACCAGAAAUGACCUCUAUCAUGUAGGAGAGCUCCUGGCCCUCCUCAAUAAUAACUACCAAAUAGCCAACCCACACUUGGCUGAGCCCGAGGUUCUGGCCGCCCUUAAGGAUAAAGCAAACUUCCAGAACUUCAAGCCCAAGCUGUUCAACAUGACUGAUUUCUAUAACCGUACAGGACAUGACAUCAGUGAUAUGCUACUGCAGUGCACCUUUCGAGGAGAGGAUUGCUAUCCAGUGAACUUCACCACAAUUUACACACGCUACGGAAAAUGCUACACUUUCAACUCGGGAUUAGACGGCAAUCCUUUGUUGACCACGUUAAAAGGCGGCACAGGGAACGGCUUGGAGAUCAUGUUGGACAUUCAGCAGGAUGAAUACCUGCCUGUUUGGGGAGAGACAGAUGAGACGUCCUAUGAGGCCGGCAUAAAGGUACAGCUUCACUCUCAGUCAGAGCCUCCUUUCCUCCAUGAGCUGGGCUUCGGGGUCGCCCCCGGCUUCCAAACGUUCGUUUCCACCCAAGAGCAGAGGCUUCAGUACCUCCCUCCGCCUUGGGGAGAUUGCAAGUCUACUCCGAUAGACUCUGAAUACUUCUCCACAUACAGCAUCACCGCCUGCCGCAUUGACUGUGAAACCCGGUACCUGCUGGAGAAUUGCAACUGCAGGAUGGUUCACAUGCCAGGGACCUCAACAGUUUGCACACCUGAGCAGUACAAAGACUGUGCUGACCCAGCUUUAGACUUUUUGGUAGAGAAAGACAACGAUUACUGUGUCUGUCAGACCCCCUGCAACAUGACUCGCUAUGGCAAGGAGCUGUCCAUGGUUAAGAUCCCCAGUAAGGCAUCUGCUAAAUAUCUGGCUAAGAAAUUCAACAAAACUGAGCAAUAUAUUGGAGAAAAUAUUUUGGUCUUGGACAUCUUCUUUGAAGCUCUGAAUUAUGAGAAGAUUGAGCAGAAGAAGGCCUAUGAAAUUGCAGGGCUUCUCGGUGACAUUGGAGGUCAGAUGGGGCUGUUCAUUGGAGCCAGUGUCUUAACAAUAUUGGAAAUAUUUGACUACCUAUAUGAGGUGUUUAAGGAUAAGGUUUUGGGUUACUUCAUACGCAAGAAACGACCACAGCGUUGCCAGAGCGACAAUCUGGAGUUUCCAGAGAACCCAACCAGCCCUGGUGUCACGCCUAAUCAUGCCCCCAGAGCACCUGUGACACCCUCCGGAGUCACUCGGACAGUCUCGGAUUCACGCCGAACAUGUUACCUCGUCACCCGACUCUAGGCAACUUUGAGGAGUUUGCUUGUUGACAACAUAAAGUAGGGGUUGGGGUUGGGGGUGGGGUGGCACAUCCGGGGGACUUGACAGCAAACUGUGAAAUAAUUUAUGUAUUUAACAGAAAAAUAGAAAAAGGGUUGAGUGUGUAACUCAAACAACGUAUAGUAGAGUUUAUCAAUGCCUGAAUAGAAAUAGAAUACUAUCAUCAGAAAAAAAAGAGACCACUUCCAAAACAGAACUCAGGUUUAACUGCCAUGUCAAGGCAUCAGUGUUAAUUUAUUCAUGUUUCAUUUUGUGGAUUUGUUUUUCUUAUCCAAUCGCUUUAGAGUAAACAAUCAUUGAAAAUAAAUGUGUCCAAAAAAGGGAUUCUGACCUGUGUUGAGAUGAGUUACGUAAUACUGUUGUGCCAGUUUAGCUGUACAUCAAUCAAAUCAAAAGAAAAAAAAGAAAAAAAAAAUAGAUUACAUGUGGAUUGGUGUGUAGCAUUGCAGUUUCUUAUCAGUGUUACGUCUCGAGCAUCUAACCAAUGCUGUAUUGAGUGACCUUAUAACCUGUCACAAGCUAGAACAGGAGAGCCUUUUUAGAAAUCAGCUCAACUUUGAAGAGCUGAUCGUUGGUUAAAAGAGCUGCUCAUACCUGAAUCAAAACACUGGAGGAGUGUUUAACGUUGCCUUUUGCUACUAUGAGGCUUUGAAUUGCCUCAUUAAUUAGACAACUGUGCUUAUUCCAUUUAAAAACAGAAGAGGAACUUGAUUAUUUGUAUAUAUAUAUAUGCAAGUGUUUAGUUGUGUUCCACAUAGACCCUGGGACGACAGAAGCUACUGAAUUGGAUGUUUUUGUUAACUUAACUCACUUUUUACAUACAUUAAGGAUAAAAAAAAGAGGCCAGAAAAAGGCUGUUGAUUGUAUCUUUAUAUCUUUAUAUAGCUGACAUUUUAGUUUUCAUUAAUGUUUCCCAUUUUUUUGGGAUAGUGUUGCUACGAUGACAGUCACAAAAUAAUACUAGCAUUCAGCUUGCUGUAAAGGUCGGCCCUUGUUACCAUGGAAAUUCAUCAGAACAAAAAACAAUCAGGCUUUCUUCCACCUUUUUUAAUAAUUCUGCCCCCCACCUCCCCCCUCCCUUUAUCGUGUCUUAAAGGUGUUCAUCAGCACAAUCCCGCUCCCCCUUGUGAUAGUAAUCUAUUCUCUAUUGAACAUGAGUAGAGUUCAAAAGGCUUGUUGGUGACAUUCCUAAACUUGACAGAAAUUUGUAAAUAAACACAAUCAAAUGCCAUGAAGAAAUUCUAUACUGCUCAUGUUAGACAUUUGUCAUAUAUAUAUAUAUAUAUAUAUAUGACAUACAUAAAGUUUAUGGUGAUUAGAACAUGACUGACAGCUGGAUAGACUUUAUUAGACAUAAGAGAAUUGCCUCAAAACAUCAAAACCACCAAGCACCUCAGCCCCAUUCAGUUCAGUUGAUUUAAACAGAAAUGCAUUGUACAAUUUUACCAUUGUAUCCUAUCAUUAUUAUUAUUAUUAUUAUUAUUAUUAUAAUUAUUAUUAUUCCAGAACAUGUAAUGAGUCACAAAUAACAGUUUGUGAUGUAUAAAUGAUUAAGUAUAAUAAACUCUAUAUUUACCCAUCUUACUCAUGUACACAACUUUUCUUCUUAUCUUCGUGUCAGUCUACUUCCUCUCUUGUUAAUGUUCACUCUGUCUUUAUUUAAAUCCUUGACACCACAGUUAUGGACUUGUAGGUACACUUACACAUCCGUCACUAUAAAUACUUUAUUGAAAAUUUCUUUUAUUUUUUUUUUUUUAAAUGUGAAACUUUUCAAGUAUAAUGCCGAUCCAGUGAGUGGUGUUCAUAACACUGUAGCUUUAUUACUCUGUUGUCUGUGUAUUAGAUGACUGUUGAUGUGAAGCACAAACCCUUGGAGAUCAGCCAUCACUCGAAAGCCAAUGACUGGACGUCUAUGGUUGUUGACUACCUUUUGUGGCUCAAGUUUUAACUUCUCACACUGUUACACAUGGUGUGUUCACUGCUCCAGCAUUAUCAGGAAUAAGAGGGUACUCCAAGAGGAGCCAGAGACCACCUUGUUCAGAGACUUUAUCCAAAUGGAAAUUUUAACUUUCAGGAAACAGAGGAAAAAAAAAAAAAAAAGACGAGAUGAAUCAGUGGGGCUAUGUCCUGAGCAAUAAAUGCACUGAAUCAGAUACCACUGUUAUCAAAUUGACAUUAAAGCAAAUUCUUUUAUUUGGGAUUCCCAUUUUGAAUUCAUGACGUAUUCAAUAGCUGGAAUGGAUGUAGACUAAACAGCUGCCAACUGCAACACAGAUGUAUGAUAUGAUAAUUGUAUAAUAACCAUCAUCAGCCAAAUAAAGAGACACAAAUGCCAGUUCAUGUUACACGAUGAUGCUAUUCUGAAGAUGCUGCAUUGCCAUGAUGAUUUUUAAGUGUGUAUGUGUGUGUGUCAUGUUGUCGGGUUGAAAAGCAUAAAAACAACCCAGCACCUACCGCAAACUGUGGGGGAUACGUAGGAUUUGUGAAAAUGUCCUGGGUCUUUACCUCUCUCCCUGCCCCCUGCCUUACUAUCAGUCAAGGAACAGCAGAGUGUAUCAGAACUGGUAGAAACUAUUACCUAAUUGUCUGUGCUCAUUAAGUAGUCCUGAAUUGACAUUUACUGCAUAGUUAUGGCCAAGUAGAAGAUAAUAUUCUAUACUGUUGCUAUACUGUACAACAAACACAGAGAUUUGAACUAUUUUAUUCUUACAGUUAAUAAUUUAUGGCACAUCACCCAUUUUCUUCCUUGCAUGACCAUUGUGUAUUCCUAUUAUCUCUGGCCUCUUAAUGUAAUAUUAGCCAUGCUAUUCACUUUGUAUUGUUCAAAGUGUAUUUUUGGAGCCAGAUGAAUCAAAAAUAGUGCUCUCCAUAUCCUGUGCUACGUCUUGGAUCUAACAAAAUCCUCUUCAAACCAGGGUUGGGAUUGUGCAAUACUAAACAAAACAAAGAUAUUAUGCAGAUGUGGAAAACUGCAAUAUCACACCAUUUUUAUGGACUCAAAAAACAAUGUGGCUCGCAGUGAAUCAAAAAAUGUGCCUUUAAGACUGGUUCUUACAGGUAACAUCAAGAUUUUCUUGCGCACACAACUGAGGAACUGGACUUGCUUCAUCUGGCUCUACAUGCUCUGUGUGCAUUUUAUUGUAGAUAUGUGAUUUUAACUCUUGAACUGUACAUUAAAUAGUUAAUACACACUUAAA